AUGUCCGCUUCCCUUGACCAGAAGGCAGGCUCGCCUGCUGCCUCGCCCGAUCGCGAAGUUGAUGAGAAAGUCGCAACACCGGUUACUGCUGAUGACAACGAGGGUGAACAGCCCGCUGAAGCUCAUGCUGUGACGGAAGAAACUGCAGAGGGUAUCGAAGACGAGACCCGCGGCGGAAACGAUGACGAAGAUGACGACGACAAGCUCUCAGACGACGAGUCUAUUUUGUCUGAGGUUGAUGAGGCGCAAUUCGAUAAUUUCGACCCCGAGAACGUUGACGUGGAAGACCGCCCGCAGCUCGCGAUUGACGAGGAUAACUUGAAGCUCAUUGGUCGUCACAAGCGCAAGCGCACUGAGGAUGGCGAGACUCGCCCGCGCCGAAAGGAGGGUCGUCGUGAGAAGAAGAGUCGCCGAGCUGUUGAUGAAGCAGGUGACGAAAAAGGCCCGUCUCGUCGACGGGAGCGCAAACAGCGGGAAGAGAAGCCCGAUACAGAUGAGGAGACUCUUGACCCGGAGACCCGACGUCGCCGCGCUCUCGACCGUGCUAUGGACGAGGCGAUGAAGAAGCCGGCCAAGAGACGUUUCCGCAAGCAAGACGGCAUUGACUUGGAAUCUAUGGCAGAUGCCGAAAUCGAGGAUAUGCGCAAGCGCAUGACCCAUGCAGCGCAAAUGGAUGCAAUCAACCGCCAAGAAGGAAAACCAGCUAUGCACAAGCUCAAGCUACUCCCCGAAGUCAUCAUGCUCCUCAAUCGCAACCAGUACACCAGCGCCUUGGUCGACCCGGAGAUCAACUUAUUGGAAGCCGUUCGGUUCUUCCUGGAACCUCUGGACGAUGGCGCGAUGCCCGCAUAUAAUAUUCAGCGUGACCUGUUAACUGCCAUUACUAAGCUGCCAAUCAACAAAGAUGCUCUGAUUGCUAGUGGUAUUGGAAAGGUGAUUGUCUUCUAUACCAAGAGCAAACGCACUGAGCGCCGUAUCAAGGAAAUGGCAGAGAAGUUGUUGGCGGAGUGGACACGACCGAUUCUGCAACGCAGCGAUGAUUAUUCGAAGCGUGUCUACCAGGAGGCUGAUUACGAUCCUACGAAAGUUGUCAGGCGUGCCGCUCCCACGGCCAAGGAGAUCGAAGCCGAAGCCAACGCCCUUGCUCUACUUCCUCCCCGUCUUCACAACCGUGCCCGUGUCGAUCGUACCAACGUCAGCUACACUGUGGUUCCGCGCCAGACAGCUGUACGCGAGACUCAGUAUGCCCGUCCUCUGGGUGCCAGCGGCGAGGAUCGGUUCCGCAAGAUGCAAGCCCGCCAGGUUGCGGCACGCAAGGCCUCAGGUCGUCGGUAG